AUGAGGCUCAUCAAUCUCGAGACCCUCAAGCUGGAGAGUUUCAUUGGGUAUGGCAAGAUACCGUCCUAUGCCAUCCUGUCACAUACAUGGGGCCCAGACGAAGUCACAUAUGCAGAUAUGACCACAAAAAGCCGAAACGAGUUAGAAGCAAAAGCAGGUUAUCAAAAAAUUGUCAAGUUCGGCCAGUUCGUUAGGGACAGGGAUGCCCCAAGGACCCCCGUGCGAGUCCCAAGAUGUGCUGAAGAUCGCCGAGUUGAUCGGAAAAAUGCGGUGAUGUGGCCCUCUGCCUACAGGCCAACACACGUUUGGGUUGAUACCUGCUGCAUCGACAAGUCAAGCAGUUCAGAGUUAUCGGAAGCUAUCAAUUCCAUGUUUGUGUGGUACCAAGAAGCCGUGUUCUGCGUCGCAAUCCUGGAAGACUACGAGCACCCAGGUGGGGAGAGUUCCAGUCAAUACCGCCCUAGCGACGACGCCUUUAUCCAGUGCAGAUGGUUCACCAGGGGAUGGACGCUCCAGGAGCUGCUGGCUCCAGGUCGCUUAUUUUUCGUCGACAAGCAUUGGGUUUUCCUCGGCCCAAGGCCUGAGGUUUUGGAACCGGUCUCUGUGGCUUCAGGGAUUGACAAAAUGUACCUACAAAAUGGGAGCUGGCAGAAAGCAAACAUCGCAAAAAGGCUAUCUUGGGCUGCUAAGAGGGAGACGACCAGGCCGGAAGAUCUCGCUUACUGCCUCCUGGGAGUUUUUGGCGUCCACAUGCCACUGCUGUAUGGUGAGGGCGGCCACAGCGCCUUCAUACGACUGCAGGAAGAAAUUAUUAAGGAGUUCGACGAUCACUCACUUUUCGCCUGGGGGAGGAGAAAUCACGCAAAGACCGGACCCUGGAAUGAGUCUCCCAACGUGGUCCUUGGCGCCUUCGCAUCGCAUCCAUCGCAGUUCCAGGGGCUCGAUAACAUGCAGACCUAUUCAGGCGACGAGGAAGAGCCCCACACAGUCACCAACAAAGGCAUCAGAAUUCGUCUCCCAAUUGUUAAGUUUGAGGGCAAGACUAUUGCGAUUCUAAGGUGUCACACCUCGGAUCCAUUAGGGGGCUUCAUGGGCAUAUACAUAGAACCGUGUCAUCUCAAACCUGGUGUAUACUGCCGUUCAUCAUCAACUCCGGCCCUCGCCUGCGUCUCAGACAACGUGGCGCAAAGCGCAGAAACAAAACUCAUUUUCCUGCUAAAAAAGACGACACCCGCCCACGAAAGCAUCGAGACGAUGGAGAGUAUAUCAAAAGUCUCGAUAUCAGUCCACAAUUGCGACUAUUCCAUCGUGUCCGCGACGCCGGAGGAAUUGUGGGACACGAGGUACGGCACACUCCGUCUGCAGCGCGGCCGGCUCACUGCAACCGCACUCAUGAGCAUGGACAGGCUCAAUAAGCCUGGCCGGCAGCAGGGCUCUGGUAAGGAAUACUUUGUGCUGCUGCUCAGGGUUGACCCAUCCAGUCGCUGGGGUUUCCCGGACGUGGGCCUCGUGGCGUGGCGGCGCGCUGGCAAGGCGAAGACGCGAGAUUUGGAGCGGUGCCACUUGUCAAACCAGGAUUCGGUGAGGCCGCAUACCGCACAAUUACGUUUGAAGGGUAGGGUGAUGAGGACUUUGACGGCGAGGAUAGGUAUCGAGUUGGUUGGGGGAACGAGGACGUAUGUGGUCUCGCUAACAAGGGAAUGA